AUGAACACUACAACAAAAAAUUUGGUUGACGCAAAAUUAUACGAUGAAACAGACUUCUACAUAGGUUUAGGAUUGGUAACUAUUUCUAGCUGUUUUAUAGGUGCUAGUUUUAUUAUUAAAAAAAAAGCUCUGAUCCGUCUCCAAAAAUGCGGUGCAUUACGAGCUUCAUCUGGAGGGUUUGGAUAUUUGGAGGAAUGGUUAUGGUGGGUUGGUCUUCUUUCAAUGGGUAUAGGAGAAGCAACUAAUUUUGCUGCUUAUACAUUUGCACCAGCUUCAUUGGUUACCCCAUUAGGAGCACUCAGCAUAUUAGUAUCUGCAAUCUUAGCAUCAAGGUACCUGAAUGAAAAACUUAAUCUGCUAGGAAAGAUUGGUUGUUUUUUGUGCAUCUUGGGUUCUACAGUUCUUGUAUUUCAUUCUCCAAAAUCAGAAGAAAUCAGUACGUUAAAGGAAUUGUUGGAUAAAGUUAAACAUCCAGGAUAUAUCAUUUAUGUGUUACUUGUGAUAAUGUCUACUUUUUUAAUCAUCUUUUAUUUGGGUCCUGCUUAUGGAAAACAAAAUAUCAUGGUAUAUAUCUUUCUGUGUUCAUCAGUUGGUUCGUUGACCGUUAUGAGUUGCAAAGGGCUAGGACUGGCAUUGAAGGAAACUAUUACCAGUCUUAAUAAUGGAUUCACAAACUGGUUAACUUGGACUUUCUUAUUUAGCAUUAUAAUCUGUGUUAGCAUACAAAUGAACUAUUUAAAUAGAUCACUUGACCUAUUUGAAACUACAAUUGUGACACCAAUUUAUUAUGUAUUUUUUACAACAUUAGUAAUAAUCGCAUCUGCCAUAUUAUUCAGAGAAUGGGAAAAUAUGAGCAUUGAAGACAUUUUAGGUUCAUCUUGUGGUUUUCUCACUAUAAUAAUUGCAAUAUUUCUGCUAAAUGCAUUUAAGGAAAUAGAUGGACAUUAUGAACAUAUUAGGCAUACAUUAUGGCCUAAAAGGAAAAUACUUGCAAACAGUAAUAACCAAUGGAACAAUACAGAUGAAGAAAGAUUAGUAAAACGAUUCGAAACAGAAUUAAAGCAUACAUAUGAAGCUGAAGCGUUAACAAGAACUAUAUAA